AGGCGGUUGAUAAAAAUAAUGAAAAAAAAUUGAAAAAAAAUAUAUAAAAAAUAAAGCAAACAGUUACUUGAGUACAAGAAAUGGCAAAUCACAUGGCUGCUGUAAGUGAAGAAUUUGAUGCUGAUGAAGCUGAGGACAAGUUAGUUGACGAGCCCGAAGAUCCUUCAAUAGUGCGCAUAGGCGUUAUAGCCGAUACGGAAGUAACAUUGGGUCUAUUGCUAGUUGGCAUUGGCUAUGAGCGCGAUAAAUUUCACAACUAUUUGAUGGUGGAUAAUGAUACGCCUUUGGAUGCCAUUGAGCAGUUCUUUCAAAAUCUUUAUAAACGCCACAAUAUUGGCAUUAUACUGAUUGACUUUAUGACGGCCAAACGUUUGGGCACCGUGCUCGACAAAUGCAAAAAGCUGCUGCCCGUUGUGGUCAUUUUGCCUACCAAGGCCUCCAUUGUGCCCUACAUAGAGGAAAAGGAGCGUCUGCGACGCCAGCGACGUCGCGACAUUUAUUUGUAGUUAUAGAUAAAAUAAAAAGGGCUCAAGUAUCUGCUUAAA